AUGAGCGAGAAGAGGGUGGUGGUUGAUUUGCCUCUCCAGAGACGCAGGGCCUCGUCCCUUAGGGGGACAAGGCCCCCCUCUUCUCUGGACAGCCCCCCAGCCUCCAGGACAGGCAUCAUGGGGAGCCUUGGCCGGGCCCCUGGGGUCUAUGUGGGGACCGCCCCCAGUGGGUACACAGGGGGUUUGGGGGCCCGAGUCACCCGCCGGGCUUUGGGGAUCAGCAGUGUCUUCCUGCAGGGCUUGCGGAGCUCAGGGCUGACCUCGGUAGCGGCCCCUGGCCUGGAAAGAGACCACCGUGAGGUGGAGGACUUGGGGGGCUGCCUGGUGGAUUAUAUAGCCAAAGUGCAUGCCCUGGAGCAGAUCAGCCAGGAGCUGGAGACACAGCUGCGCACGCACCUGGAGAGCAAGGCCAAGCGCUCGGGAGGCUGGGACGCCCUGCGGGCUUCGUGGAGCAGCAGCUGCCAACAGGUGGGGGAGGCUGUGUUAGAACACGCGAGGCUCAUGCUACAGCUGGAGACCAUCCAGGCGGGUGCAGAUGACUUUAAAGAAAGAUACGAAAAUGAACAGCCCUUCCGAAAGGCCGCAGAGGAGGAAAUCAGUUCUCUGUACAAAGUCAUUGAUGAAGCUCAUUCGGCAAAAACGGAUCUAGAGAGUCAGAUCGAAAGUCUGAAAGAAGAACUUGGCUUUUUGGCAAAAGGCUAUGAAGAGGACGUGAAACUGCUGUACAAACAGCUUCUGGGGUCUGAGCUGGAGCGCGUGGACGUGCCCUCGGUCACAGGUCUAGAUGGCAUCCUUGAGACCAUCAGAGUACAGUGGGAGAGAGACGCGGAAAAGAACCGGGCAGAGGCGGGCGCCCUGCUCCAAGCUAAGCAACAGGCCGAGGUGGCCCUUGCAUCCCAGACCCAGGAAGAAAAGCUGGCGGCGGCACUGAGGGUGGAUUUGCACAACGCCUCCUGCGAGGUACAGAGUCUCCAGGCAGAGACCGAGUCCCUGCGGGCGCUGAAACGAGGCCUGGAGAACAGCUUGCAUGACGCUAGGCACUGGCACGAGAUGGAGCUGCAGAACCUGGGCGCCGUGGUGGGCCGGCUGGAGGCCGAGCUCAGCGAGAUCCGCGCCGAGGCCGAGCAGCAGCUGCAGCAGCGCGCGCAUCUGCUGGCCAGCCGGGGUCAGCUGCAGAGGGACCUGGAGACCUUCCACGCCCUGCUGGACCGGGACGAGAGCAGCUAAUCGAGAAACUUCCUCUUUUCACCCAAGAAAAGGCCUCGCAACCUCUCCCCACCAGCCAGCCAGUGACGGGGCCUAAAGAGUUUUGGCCCCCACUGGAUCCCGUAGUAGAUGCGGCUGGGCCAGAGAACUGCUAGAAAUUGGAGAGGGUCUUCCGGCUUUCAUUUA